AUGAAUCAAAUCAAUGGAAUGAGUAAAAAUAAACGAGAAUACUUUGGUUUGACGGACAUAGAGGGCAGGAUUUUGGAGCUCCACUCGCCGGACGGGGUUCACGAGUGCUGGCUGAGGGCAGCCGACACCACCGAGGCAAACGUCUGGUUCAAUGCCCUUCAUUCGGCCUUAGCUUCGCUAACGCUUAAAGCUCUGAGGCUCGCUUCGGUGCUUCCGGAUCCUCCGCAUCUUCAACACAUCGGCUGGCUGGCCAGACGUCACUGUGCUCAGGUGAGAAAUCCGUCUGUCAAUUACUUUAUUACUCGAAACUUUAUUAUAACUUUCAAACUUUUAAAAAAUUGA